AUCUGCCCCUUCGUAUCUGGCCCAGUCCCUCACUCAGCACCGCACAUGUCGCUCUGUCCGUUCUCAGCAUAAACGUCUCCUCGUUAUUCCCACUAUGAAGACUUCUACAUAUGGCGAAAGGCCAUUUUCAUAUGCAGCCUCCACAACCUGGAAUCAACUACCUCAAUAUAUACUAGAUCACGUGUCCCCUGGAACAAUGAAAGGCGGACAGAUCCUGUCGCUUGUGGUGCUGAUCUCUGCCCUGCUUGCUGUGACACACUCUCUUGAGCACCCAAGUCACGACUCAUGUAACACCACUGGGUGUAGACAUGGGAAUGGUCGUCUUAGAUGUCAGUCAUGUAACACCGGGUGUCACGGAUCAAAUUGCAGCUCUACAUGCCAAGGACGUUGUGACGGAGACGGAUGUGACAGGUCCACUGGAGAAUGUUUCAGAUGUAGACCAGGGUUCUGUGGACGACAAUGUGACACACCCUGUCCACCACGUUGUUCCAGCAGUCCGGUGACUGGCGCUUGUUCUGAAUCUUGUGGUGGAGGAAGGACCGGGGCACAUUGUGAUGGACGAUGUCCACCCAACUGCAAGGCAUCAGUCUGUCACAUACAGACAGGAGAAUGUCUUGAUGGGUGUGAUGGAAGAUGGGCAGGGAACUUCUGUAACAUGACAUGUGACAACUGUCUGAUGGGAAGGUGCAGCAUCACGGGGUACUGUCUACAUGGAUGUGAAGCAGGCUUCUAUGGACAGAAGUGCGAAGACAGAUGUCAACAUUGCUGAACCACUGGUUGUGACUGACAGACUGGGGUAUGUGAACAGUGUCAACCUGGUUACCAUGGACACCGCUGCAGUAACACGUGCCCCGAGAAGUGCUACAAAGGAAGAGAUGGACACAAGCAUUGUGAUCGACAUACUGCAGUUUGUCAGGAAGGAUGUGAGACUGGGUGGCACGGGUCACACUGUAACACCCUGUGUAGUAUCUCCUGCAAGUCUUCCCUGUGUUACAGCCAUGAUGGAUCGUGCGUGGAGGGCUGUGUUCCAGGGUACUAUGGGAAACACUGCCACAAGAAAUGUCUGCAUUGUAGAGACAAUGUGUGUGACCGCCAUGGACGGUGUUCAGCCUGUACUGAUGGAUGGUUCGGAGAGAGAUGUGACGAGGCU